GCACGGGCCGGUCGGCACCUGGAGUCUUCGCUUUGGCCACAGCUAGGAUAACCAAGCAAAAGAAAGAUGAGCUUCCUCUCUGGACUUCUGUCUGCUAUGAGAAACUCUGUUUACUUUAGCUUUAAUUCACCAGCCACUUGGAGACAGUAUAGCACCCUGGCUAACUUCAUAGUACGUAAGUAUCAGGGUCUGAGACUACGUCAGUGUGCCAGGGUUGUCUUUCUGCCAGACAACGUUCGUUUCUACAGGACUUUUAAUGAAAGAACAGGUUGCCUCUCGAGGACUAAAAGUGAGGCAGUUUGGAGGAUUACCUGCAACUGUGCUGCCAGGAAUGCUUCCUUGUGGAGACAGCUACGGAUCGGAGACAGUUUUCACACUUCUGCACGUUGUCAAGCUGCUCCAGUGCCCCUCCUGUUGAUCCUCCUUAAGCCGGUGCAGAAACUACUUGCAAUCAUUGUGGGCAGGGGCAUACGAAAAUGGUGGAAGGCACUUCCUCCUAACAAGAAGGAGCUAUUUAAAGAAAGUGUAAGGAAGAAUCAAUGGAAGUUACUCCUUGGUUUGAGUAGUUUUGGAUUGCUAUUCAUAGUGUUUUAUUUUACUCACCUGGAAGUGAGUCCAAUCACAGGAAGGAGCAAGCUGCUAUUAUUGGGGAAAGAACAUUUCAGACUGUUGUCAGAACUGGAAUAUGAAUCAUGGAUGCAAGAAUUUAAAGAUGAUAUGCUACCUGAAAAAGAUGCCCGAUACCUGGCCGUUAGAGACGUGGUCGGUCAUCUUGUUGAAUGCAAUAAAGAUAUCCCGGGCAUCUCUGAGAUUAAUUGGGUUAUUCAUGUGGUUGAUUCUCCAGAUAUAAAUGCUUUCGUGCUUCCAAACGGACAAGUGUUUGUUUUCACUGGACUUUUGAAUAGUGUAACUGAUAUUCAUCAGCUUUCCUUCCUUCUGGGCCAUGAAAUAGCUCAUGCAGUACUUGGGCAUGCAGCAGAAAAGGCUAGCUUGGCUCAUUUGUUGGAUUUCCUAGGAAUGAUUUUUCUUACCAUGAUUUGGGCCAUUUGUCCUCGAGAUAGCUUGGCGCUUUUGGGCCAGUGGAUACAAUCCAAAUUGCAGGAGUAUAUGUUUGAUAGGCCAUACAGUAGAACACUGGAGGCCGAAGCUGACAGGAUUGGACUACAGCUUGCUGCAAAGGCAUGUGUGGAUGUCAGAGCGAGUUCAGUAUUUUGGCAGCAGAUGGAGUUUGCAGAUCGACUUCUUGGUCACCCCCGCUUGCCAGAAUGGUUAUCCACUCACCCUUCCCAUGGAAACCGAGCUGAGCAUUUGGAUAGACUUAUACCUCAGCAAAAUGGCAAUAGUGCUGUCUCCUGCGAGCCUCUGGUCAACGCCCUUGUCUGCUAAUGUAAAGAUGAGUUCAAGACCGCUCAGAGACUCUUUGGAAGAAAGUCCUGAUGGUGAGCUCCUUCUGAAGUGAGCCAUUAAAGACCUUUUGGAGCACGAUUCCACUCUGUCUCCAUUAGUCAGAAGUGAAUUGAUGGCAACUGGUGAAGAUCUCCCAAGUGCUGACUGGACUGUGUGGAUGAAACCAAUACUUAGUUCCUUCUUCACUCUUUCCCUCUCUACUGCCCUCUUCUUUCAUAAUCGUGAGACACUUUAACGGUAGGAAUUCUAGACUGGACUCAAGAUUUUUAAAGUAAUUAAACGUUUUUAAAAAUGAUCUCUUCAAAACACCGUGGAAAAUCAUAACAUGUAAACUACCUGGCACGGAGCAAGGUACAUAGGAAGGGACUUCAAAAAGUGCACAGAAGAAUGGAAUUAAGAAGAGAGAAAAAAUUCACAACUCUUUGAAGUCCCUUUGUGGGAAGUGAACAGUAAAUGGGAGCCCUUUUCCCUUCUAGUGGAACUCUUUUAGAAUUGUGACCGGCUGGCUGGCUAAUUCCAUAUUUAACCCCAAAUCUUCUUUGGGAUCCUCAGAACCUUAUAUUCUUACUACAAAUGCGCAUGUCUGCUUUCUA